ACUGAUGUGGCCCUCCCUCCCCAGGUAUGGAGAGUGCAAUCACGCUGUGGCAGUUCCUGUUGCAGUUGCUGCUGGACCAGAAACAUGAGCAUCUGAUUUGCUGGACCUCCAACGAUGGUGAAUUCAAGCUCCUCAAAGCAGAAGAAGUGGCCAAGCUCUGGGGUCUCCGAAAAAACAAAACAAACAUGAACUACGAUAAGCUGAGCAGAGCCCUGCGAUACUAUUACGACAAGAACAUCAUCAAGAAGGUGAUCGGGCAGAAGUUUGUGUACAAAUUUGUCUCCUUCCCGGAGAUACUGAAAAUGGACCCUCACGCAGUGGAGAUCAGCCGGGAGAGCCUUUUGCUGCAGGACAGCGAGUGCAAGGUGUCCCCCGAGGGCCGCGAGGCGCACAGACACGGCUUGUCCGCCCUCAAGAGUGCGAGCCGCAACGAGUACAUCCACUCCGGCCUGUACUCGUCCUUCACCAUCAACUCCCUGCAGAACCCACCUGAGUCCUUCAAGGCCAUAAAGACGGAGAAGCUGGAGGAGCAGCCGGAAGACAGCCCUCCUGUGGAAGAAGUCAGGACUGUCAUCAGGUUUGUGACCAACAAAGCCGACAAGCACGUCAGCAGGCCCGUGGUGUCCCUGCCCUCCACGUCUGAGGCCUUCCUGGCCUCGUCCGUCUCCGCCAAGAUCUCCUCUUUAAUGUUGCCAAAUGCUGCCAGCAUUUCAUCUGCCUCGCCCUCCUCAUCUCGGUCCCCGUCCCUGUCCCCCAACUCGCCCCUCCCUGCCGAACACAGAAGCCUCUUCCUGGAGGCUGCCUGCCAUGACUCGGAUUCCCUAGAGCCCUUGAACCUGUCAUCAGGCUCCAAGACCAGGCCUCCAUCUCUUCCCCCAAAGGCCAAAAAACCCAAAGGCUUGGAAAUCUCCGCGCCCCCGCUGGUGCUCUCCAGCACCGAUAUCGGCUCCAUCGCCCUCAACAGCCCGGCCCUUCCCUCGGGAUCCCUCACCCCAGCCUUCUUCACCGCCCAGACACCAAAUGGAUUGCUUCUGACCCCGAGUCCACUACUCUCCAGCAUACAUUUCUGGAGCAGCCUUAGUCCAGUUGCUCCACUGAGUCCUGCCCGGCUGCAAGGGCCAAACACGCUGUUCCAGUUCCCAACACUGCUCAAUGGCCACAUGCCAGUGCCAAUCCCCAGUCUGGACAGAGCUGCUUCUCCAGUACUGCUUUCCUCCAACUCUCAGAAAUCCUGAUGACAUCUGGACACAAUUAAAGACUCAUUAACUGAUGAAACAAAUUUGUUCCCAUGGGCUAGUUUACCUGUGUUGUAAGAAGGACGUUGUGAAACCCAUCUGUUAAUUUGGUUUGCACUUUUCACAGCAUGGUCUAGAUUUAUGUUAGCAUUUUAAAAACAUUUUUAUAUUCAAGUAUAUAUGAAAAUCUGUUUUGCAUUAAGUGAAUUUUAAUGUUUUUGUUUUUAUAUCCUUUUAGGUUUUAAGUGUUGAACACUGUUGACAGUGAAGAACUUUUCUUAGUGGUUUUCAGUGUAACAAGGAUGUGAAGAUUUUUUGCUCUUUAAUUCUGCAAAUGCUGAACUGUGCUUAUAUACACUAUAACCAGCUGUGCCUUCCUUUGCAUUUAGUUUUAUGUAAAUGUUUUUUAGUAUUAAGAGAAAAUGAAAGACAAAAAUUAGUAUCAAACAGCUCUAGUAGAAUUUCAUUAUUUUUCACAAGUAGGCAAUAUGAAAGCAGAUUCAUAUUAUUUUCUUUUUUGCUUUCAAUUGUAUGAGAAUUGCCUUAGAAUCUCUUUUAAACUGAAAUUCAGUAAAUACAAUGUCCAAGUAAUGUUUUUAUACGAGAAACUAAGCCAUAUUUAGACAAUAAACUUUCAUAAAAUAAAAUGUUCUAAAGUGCAUUUUUUGAAAAAAGAACUUUGAAAGAGUAGACUUUUAGCUGUUUACAAUCUUUUAGACUCCCCUCAGACAAAAACCUAAGAUGGAAAAGCUACAUCAAGUUCACUCUAUCCAUGUUCCUGGAAUACUUCCUAGGUAAGCAUAUUCUUAUUUCAAAAAAUUAACCUGGUUCUUCCAGUUUUCUAUAAUCAUACCCCUCUGAUGCAUUUAUUGUAUCAUUAUGAGUUACGGUUUCACUAAACCCCUGCACCUAUAAUUACCAUUUGAAAAUCCUAUGCUUUGGAAGAGGCUCACAGACUGACCAUAAAUAAAAAGAAACAACUUUUAACACCAGGUACCUUGAUGUGUAUAGGUAUAUCCUUGCUUGUGGAAACUGAGAGGUGUAGAACACACUGCUUUAUGUAUUACUGCAUUUAUGGUGAGAAUGAAGGAUAACUGAUAAAAGAAAUAUAAAAUUCUUCAGGAACCUCAUCAUUGUGGAACUGAACUGAUUAUUUAACAAUUUGGAACACUCAGUAAAUUCUUUUGUGUUGCAUAGUGUAGUGUAGAGCAGUGAUAACAGAAACAUUUUCUGUUCCUUCAAAAAAUUAGCAGGCACCACUCUAUAUAUGAAGUUGGAAAGUGCCUGGUGAUUUCAAUUCGAGAUAAGGUAUUUUUCAUCCUUAUUAACAGAAGCCAAUUUGAAAUGCAGCUAAUUGAUCCAAACCAGGCAUUAAGUGGCAGAGAUUAUGAGAGCGAGUAAAAAAGCCCACAAAAACAAACAUUUCUUGAAUUUUCAAGAAAUCUAAAAUUUUGUUAUGUAACUUAAAAAGCUUGAGAUUUUCAACUGGAACUGAGCAUCUCUCUGUUUGAGGAUGCAUGCCCUUAUUUGGGGGGAAAAAUCCAAAUACUCUCAUAUGCAUCUUUGAAUACAAUGGGCCUAUUUCAAAAAUGUGCAAAUAGCUCCUCCUGUCACUCCCUCACAGACUGAGGAUAAUUCUGUACUAAAAAGAGCUGGUCCAGGGGACUGGUAUUUACCAAACAUGAAAUGUUACAAGAGGCCUUUAAGAACUCAUCCAAAUACCAUUUCCAGGUAAGAACAAACUACACAGGAGAAGCUGAGAGUGGUGGAAGGCGACACGGUUCACUGAAAGCAGAAUAAUGAUUGGUGCUCAGUCCAGGUCUGUUUCCCCAUGCCUAGCUAACAAAUAACUACUGGUCCAAAACUAGGUUAGGUAGAAAAGCCAAAAAAAAGAAAGAAAACGGUUUUGUCAGUUAAGAAAGAGCAUACCUCAAAUGAAAGACUCUCACAGAGAAACUAAAGUUAGUCAAUGUGCAAAAAUUUCAAC